GUCUGCAGGCUGAGUGAGAGCUGCCGGAUUCUAUCAGAGGGUUUGGUGUUUGAGGAGGAGAGACCACCACCGCCGAACCGAGCCCCUCUGGCCCCCAUGCUGGAGUUUGUGUCCGCCCAGACCGGGGUCCCUGUGGUUGCUGUAGGAGGAGGGGCCAGCCUGGGAAGAGAGCCACAGGAAAGCGGCUCCAUCUACCUCCAGUUCACCUGCUCCACGUCGCUCCAGCUCGAGGUCAUCUUCGAGGUGCUUGAGGAGUACGACUGGACUUCCUUCUCCGUGGUGACCACCCGCCACCAUGGCUACGAGGACUUUCUGGCGAUGGUGGAGGGCAUGACGGACGGCUCCUUCAUCGGCUGGGAGAAGAAGAGUGUGGUGACGCUUAACGUGACAGAUGAUCCUGGAGGGGCUCGGACCAAACGGCUGCUCAAAGACAACGAAGCACAGGUAAGAGAGGGAGACUCUGCUCACCCUGUCAGGACUCUGAUCUUACAUAAUCACCCACUCACUAUACAUUAUCCCUCAAUUAUAAUGGUGGUGAAGAUGAAGACUCUAAAGGCACUGUACUUCACCAACAUCUCCAUCGGUGGGCGGGACUACUCCUUCAACAGUGACGGCUACCUGUCCAAUCCGCUGCUGGAUGUCAUCUCCUACACCAACGGGAGGGGCUGGGAGGAGGUUGGUGCACAGCUGUCGGCUGGUGGGAGAACGGUCACCUGCGUCUGCGUUACCAUCCCUGGUCUCGAUACGGCUCCUUCCUGA